AUGUCUGGAACUGAACGAGAACGGUUCAAGACUCAGACAUCCGGCCAACCCCGGUCUUCAGUCCGAACCCAAACCACCAACGACAAAUGCCGCCGAUCCUACAGUAGUACCGUCAGUAGCAACAAACACACGCCCGAAGUCACCAGAAAUCCAGUUCAGCUUCCAAUAAACCCCCAAGACCAUCCCAUUGAACGCGAAAAAGUAGCCACCAAACUGGCAUUCGCGAGGCUGAAAGUAGCAUAA